CCACAGGCGAGGUGGGCUACCUGGACCGGGACCCCGAGGCCGACCCCUCAGCAGCCCCGCCCCCCGCCGCCACCACCUCCCCCCUCAGCCUGCAGCUCGCAGGCAUCCGACACAUCGUCCUCUACAGCAGUCUGGACGGCUCGGGCCGCGGCCUGUUUGCCCUCACCCUCCCUGCAGCGGAGCGGGGGGUGCUGGUGGUGCUGCAGCCCAGCAGCGCCGCGGCGAGGGAGGUGACCCCCGCGCUGCUGGAAAGGCUGUGGCGGGAGGCGCGGGCGGCAGCGGCAGCGGAGGGGGGCCCUGCGGAGCCUGAGCGGCUGAGCUGGGAGGUGUCGUACGAGCGAGAUGCGCUGGAUGCUGGGAGGACAUUGCAGCGGGCGUUGCUGGCGUACAGGUCCUCGGUGCGCUAUCCCAGUCUGGUGGUGGUGCAGGGCCCGGUUCCCUCUGCCCGACUGCAGCGGGACCUCUCCGUGCUGCAGCACUUCCCCGCGCUGGACAUGCCCUGCCAUGCGGACGACUCCAGGUACCCCCCACUGCAGUGGCAGCAGCGGGCGGCCCGCCGCGCACUGCACCGCUGCGCCGGCGCCGGGCUCUGGCUGGCCGAGCGCGCCGCCAUGUGCCGCUACGCACACGCGCCGCUAGCCAACCUGGAACUAGACCCCUCCGC